AGUCAAAACACAAAAAAGAAGAUAAAAAUAACCUAUAGAACUAUUGUCCCUGCCUUCUUCACAAUCAAGUUUUUAAAUUUGCAAGUAACAAGAAAACAAAAUGUUUACUUCUCUUCUCAGUAAAAUCAGUUCAAGAAAUCUAACUUGUGGAUUUCACACUACCUCUUGUUUAAAUGAAGUUCGUUUGUUAACCCGACUGCGAGUGGUAGACAACUCUGAGAUUGGAAAGCGAGCGAUGGCUGAAGGAAAACCACCGAAAGUUAUUUGUGUUUACAAUAAACAGCGUGUUGGUUACAUCGGUGACAGAGUGAUGGUAGCAAUUAAAGGACAGAAGAAGAAGGGCAUUUUAGUUGGGUUAAAGCAAACACAAAAAGUAAAAGUACCUAAAUUUGACAGUAACAAUGUGGUACUAAUUGAUGAUAAUGGCACACCACUAGGUACUCGUAUACAUGUGCCUAUCCCCACCAUCUUACGUACCAUACUCAAAGAAAGAACACAUUCUAAAGGUGCUGAUUACACCAAAUUACUGUCUAUAGCAACGAAAUUUGUUUAAGCAUUAAUUAUUUUUAAGUAGGUAGUUAAUUACAAUUGUAUAUUGAUUAAAAACUUGUUUUAA